CUUCCCUUCUCUUGAGAGCAAGACUAUUUGGUAGUGAAGAGAGUUGGUGAGAGUCAAAAUAGUGAAGAGGAGAAGAGAGGGAGGGGGGAAAAAAGGACUGCUCCUAUUUUUUCCAACUCAGUUUUUUUUCUUUUUCUCACUCUAAAAUGGCAAGUUUGGUUGUUAUUUUUGCAAUAUUUGCACUAAUGAGUGUAGGUAAUAUUUGGGGAGUUAAAUCAGGAGAUGUUCAUGUUGUGGGUGGGGAUCAGGGUUGGGAUGCUGCUUCUGAUGUGGCAUCUUGGGCCAUCGGAAGGUCUUUCAGGGUUGGAGAUAACAUUUGGUUCACAUACUCAGCAGCAGAGGAGGGCAUAGCUGAGCUACGGACCCGAGAAGAGUACGAGUCCUGCGACACAUCCAACCCGAUCCGCAUGUACACGGGUGGGCUUGACAAGAUCGAGUUGGGCCAUCAAGGCCCGCGAUACUUCGUCAGCACCUCGGCUGAAGUCUGCAACAAAGGACUCAAGCUCCAUGUCCAUGUUGAACCUCAGCAGCAAAAGGCUGAGCCAGCGGGAAGAGAAGCGCUCACACAAGCUGUUCGUGUAGCAGCUGGGCCUAAGCCGUCUGGUUCUCUGAAAGUUGGCCCGGUUUCAUCUGGGAUGUUAAUUGGGCUGGGUUUGAUCUGUUUGAUUGGGCUCAUGUGAGUCUGUAUGGGCUUUUGUUGGGUUUGGUGCUGUCUUCUAACUCUAGGCCUAGGGUAAGGAAUCAGUAGGUGAUGCAAAAGUCUGCAUUAAGUUUGCCAAUAUCUUUGUUAUGCCAUGGAUGGAUAUAUUAUCUUUUAUCCGCAAAUUUGGAUGACAUAUUUUAGAGCAAAGUUU